UAAUUCCGCGGUCAUUGGAUUAGUAACCAGCGGUGAUGAGAUCAGCGGGAUCGGCUUUCGCGAGGGGGCACGGCGCUCCCCAGCUGUGCCGGCUCUCGCAUGAGGCGGCGGCGGGCAGCCCAGGGGCAGGCAGCGCGCACAAAGCCCGGUAGCCGCCGCAGGCCGCCGCCCCCGGGCACGGCUCCCGGGCGGCCCGGCCGCCCCGAGCCCCGGCAGCCGCCCGCGGCUCCCCCCGGCCGCCCCUGGCUCCUCUCGCCUCCCCGGGGCAGCCGGCGGCGGGGAGCAGCCUCUGCCGGGCGGGCGCGCUCCGGGCGGGGGACGCGGGCUCCCAGCGUGGCGAGCUCGGCCACGGCGGCUCCCGAGUUUGUUUCCUUGUGCUUCGCGUCCCCUCCCCGGUAUCGCCUCUCUGCCGGCAUAGCGGAUCGGUGGUGGAGCCGUGCUGGGGGUUUAUGGAACAUAUUUUACUCUGAAAACAUUGCUGCUAAAAAACUCCGAACAGGGGAAGUAAAUCCAGUCAGCUUGUCAGGUCACUGGCUCGGUGUAACGGUGCUUUCAUGA